GGAACAUGGUGACAGUCACGUUGCAAGACACCUCGCCAUUUGAUGGGCAAAAACCCGGCACAUCAGGCUUAAGGAAAGCUGUGAAAGUUUUCCAGCAGCCCCACUACACAGAAAAUUUCAUACAAUGUAUUCUAGAGUCGAUCCCGGUGGAAGAGAGGCGAGGAUGUACCUUGGUUGUCGGGGGAGAUGGAAGAUUCUUCAUGCGCGAAGCUUUUGCGAUCAUUGCCAGAAUGGCAGCCGCAAACGAAGUUGGUCAACUCAUUAUUGGUCAGAAUGGCAUCUUUUCAACCCCAGCUGUGUCCUGUAUUAUUAGAAAAAUGAAAGCAACAGGUGGGAUUCUUCUCACUGCAAGCCACAAUCCAGGAGGUCCAGAUGGUGACUUUGGAAUCAAGUUCAAUAUCAAGAAUGGAGGUCCAGCUCCAGAGGCAAUCACCAAUGAGAUUUUCUCAAAGACAAAAACAAUAAAAUCAUACAAGAUCUGUCAUGAUAUUACUGUUGAUCCUGACACUAUUGGAAGCCAAUCUUGGGAGGUAGAAGGACGUAAUUUCAUUGUGACGAUUAGAGACUCAGUGGAAGAUUACACAUUGCUCAUGAAAGAGAUUUUUGACUUUGAUCUGUUGAAGAAAUUGAUUGCUGGAACGGAAGGUCAAGCACCAUUCAAGUUUGUUGCCAGUGCUAUGUAUGGAGUGACUGGUCCAUAUUUGAAGAAAAUCUUCUGUCAAGAACUGGGCACACCAGAAUCAUACACCUUGAAGUGUGAACCAAAAGAAGAUUUUGGGGGCCAUCAUCCUGAUCCUAAUCAAACAUAUGCCUCUGAUCUCGUGAACCUGCUUAAAAAGGGAGAACAUCAACUGGGAGCAGCCUUUGAUGGCGAUGGGGAUCGUAAUAUGAUUCUUGGGGAAAAUGGAUUCUUUGUGACCCCAUCAGAUUCUGUUGCCGUCAUUGCUGAUAAUGCCAAGUGCAUUCCAUACUUUGUCAAGACAGGAUUGAAAGGUGUGGCCCGUAGCAUGCCAACAAGUGCUGCUGUGGACAGAGUGGGACAGAAAGUUGGAGUUGAAUGCUUUGAAGUUCCAACUGGCUGGAAAUUCUUUGGAAACCUGAUGGAUGCUCAGCGUUUAUCUCUUUGUGGUGAAGAGAGCUUUGGUACAGGAUCAGAUCACAUCAGGGAGAAAGAUGGUAUCUGGGCAUUUCUUGCUUGGCUGUCAAUAAUUGCAAGCAGAAAGAUGUCUGUCCAGAACAUAUUGAAAGACUUCUGGAAGAAGUAUGGAAGGAGUUUUUUUGUGAGGUGUGAUUAUGAGAAUGUAGAAGCAGAGGGAGCCAAGAAGAUGAUAGAACUGCUAAGACAGAUAGCCAAAGAUGAAGUUCUGGUGAACAAAUCUUUAACAGGAGGCAGUGGCCAGGAUCAGAAGACAUACGAAGUGAAGUUAAUGGAUGACUUUUCCUACACUGAUCCCAUUGAUGGGAGUGUGACUGAGAAACAGGGUGUGCGUAUGAUUUUCACUGAUGGAUCCCGUGUCAUCUUCCGUUUGAGUGGAACAGGAAGUGCUGGUGCAACAAUCCGUGUUUACGUAGAAAGUUAUGAACCAGAUGAAUCAAAGCAUUUACUUGAUGCUCAGAUUGUUCUCAAACCUCUACUAGACAUAGCUCUCAAAGUCUCCAAGCUACAAGAGUUUACUGGCCGAAAUGAACCAACUGUCAUAACAUAACAGAGGGUAUGCACCAGGAGAAGACGUAAAUGUUCCCCAAGAAGGUACACACUGCUGGAGAGGACAGAUUAAUUUGUCACUGCGUAGACAUGGAUAAUUAGGUUAUUGGGUACAAUUGCCCUCUUUUUCUCAAUUUUAAAAUUUGGUGGCGAGGUGUGCUCUUAGAAUAAUUAUUUAUUGUAGUUAUAGUGUAUUGUGGGACGAGAAAGCAAAGUAUUUCGGUGUGUACAAUUUUUGGUUUUGCUCGUGAGCAAUAUAAGUAAUAUUGGAGAGUUGAUAAAUAUAAAAAUGUUACCCCGGUGGAGGAAAAAAGUGAUUAAAAUCUUUAUAAACCCAAUGUUUUAGCCAUCAAUAGAGGAAUUGUAAGAAUUGUCACUGUUUAAUUUGCCUGUUGUGUUUUUUAAUCAUUAAGUGAUGUCGGAGGGUGAAUGAAAAUUGAGCUUAAAAUGUUUUUUAUUUACAGUGUUAGUUAUUUACAUCUUGCCCUUUUUGAAAAAAAUUUAAUUUUUUUAAUUUAUUUUAUUUAUUUCCACAAUUACAACAGUUACAAUUCUUUUUUCAACAAUCAAGUUACAGAAGAAUGAAUGAAGUUUGGUUACAGAUGUCAACAAUGACACCAUAUUGAAAAUAUGUUGUCAAUUCUUAUCUACUUAAAUGUUACUUAAUUAAUAUACAUGAAAUAAUGACAAGGAUCACAUAGAAGAAAUAGAUCACAGUGCAUCAUGAUGCAUGUUGGUGAUGGAGGUGAUUUUUUAGUCUUGACCAGAUUCGAGGUUUAACUUUUAGUACCAGUACGUAUAAUUAGAGGCAAGCUGUUUUGGAGACACUGUAUUUAAUGUUGCAGAUCAAGAAUCUCUCGAAGGUCAUGGUAUUACAAAAUAGUGCAUUCUCACUUACUUAACAAAUCCAACCAUAUGAAAUUUUCCCUUGUAUGAACUCUGGAGAUGAAUUUUAAUUAGUUUUCACAAAUUUUGAUAAGUAUCUGAAUUUUUUUAAGUCGAUGCCUUACAUGUAUGUAAGGGUUCACUUAUUUUGUUUCAAUUAACUCAAUUUUUUUUUCUUGAAUGCCUAAGGAAUUGAUACAUUUUUAAACCCUUUAAAACUAAGGGUGACCAGCAGCUAAUUUCUCUUUACAAUAUCACCCCUGAGUCAUUCAUUCAGGUCACAAGAAUAAAGGAAAUGAUCAUAAACUUAAGAAGUUCUUGAUUGUUUGACAAAUUGUCCUUGUCAGCAGCUGAGGAAAUGAAUGAAUAUGGAGAAUGUUGGGGAUAAUUUGCAGAGAGAUUUUCUGAUGCGUAGUUGUAGAAUAAUAUAAACGCUUUAAUUACGAUCAUCUCAUGGUUGUUGACAACCUCGGGCUCAACAAGCUCCAAAUACAAACAUUUCCACCAUUUGUGAUAUUUUGUGUUGUCUUGAAUUAUCUACACCUAUGGUAAAAACUGAACGAAAGAAAACUUGAAUUAACAACUGAUCCGGGUAGAAGGAAAUUAUAAACCUGAUACUUAAAUUUUCUGUGCAAUCAACAGUAGGGAAAAAACAAAACUGCAACAAGCAUAGCAAUUUUGCAACAACAAGAGCAGUACAAUCAACUUUAUUUUUUUAAUAUUUUUUCAAGGGUGGUACUUGACAGUAAAAAGUACUGUUACCUUCAAAGAAUUUUGUGAGUGCAUUGUGCACCAGAUGUGGACAGGAAAUAAUAAAUUACUCAAUUUCAGUGUCAAA